AUGUCCGUUACUUUUGGUUCCGUCGGCGAUAUCAUCUCAGUUUGUUUGCUGGUGAAGGACCUCGUCACAGCGCUUGACAAAGCCCGUGGCUCCAAAGCAGAAUACCAGGCCGCGAUACGGGACCUCUGGAUACUGGAACGCGUUCUUCUUGAAAUUGAACUGAUCACUAAACAGCAUGGUAGUGAAGCCACGCCCGAGCUGCGGAGUCUAUGGGAGACGGCAAACCAGGCCUUUCGUGUGGAGAUUGCGGGGACUAGUUCCAGUUUACAGAUGCUGUUGGUUACUGCUAGCAUUACCUUGCUUGAUGUCAAUCGCAAAGAGAUGGACGACAAGUUCGAUGAAGCAAAGCGCAUCAACGACACAGCCAAUUCCGCACAGGACGCAACCCUAGAAAGCAUCAAAUACCGCAUCGAACUCGCGAAUCAAAACAUAGAAGCAGGCAAUUCGGUCUUGGGAAAGUUUAUCGAAGCACUCAGGCUGAAGUGGCUCCGCCAACUGGGCUCUGAGCUCAAGAGUUGA